GCGAAACUAAGCGGGCGGCUGACUAACAGAAGAGGCGGCCUUCUCCCGAACUAGCAGCGAGGCCUUCGGAAACGUCCCGAAGAAGAAGAGCCCAUGUUUUAGGUCGCCGAGCCGCAGACCGGCCCCUUCUUCUUUUUCUUCUUCGCCGCCGCUUGAUGUGAAUUGCGUGGGAUUCUGGAGUAUAACUGCAGUGCAAGUGAAAGGGUUAAAAGCAUCUCAUCCUCCUUGCUGAUACUGAAUCUCAAUCAGAAAACAUAUUUUAAGUCAAUAAAGCAAGAAAUGUCUUUGCUGAAAGGUAAAAUUCAGACUGUAUUGGGCCUGAUAGAGCCUAGCCAACUGGGCUACACGUUGACCCAUGAACACUUGACAAUGGGCUUCAGCUGCUGUUACUACCCACCACCUCCAGCUCAAGAAGCUCUUGCUGAAAAACCCAUUGAGAUGAAGAAUUUGUUUUGGCUUAAACAGAAUCCUUACAGCCACAAAGAAAAUCUUCUACUGUAUGAAGAGACAGAUGCUGUGAGAGAAGAACUCCUUCAUUACAAGGCUGCAGGCGGUGGAAGCAUAGUGGAAAAUACAACCAGUGGGAUCAUGCGAGAUGUGAAGAUACUAAAACAGCUUUCAGAAGAAACUGGUGUCCAUGUUAUUGCCGGGGCAGGUUUUUACGUAGAUGACACUCAUUCCUCUGAGACUAAAGCUAUGUCUGUGGAACAGUUGACAGAAGUUAUUGUUAAUGAAGUUCUCAAUGGAGCUGAUGGAAGCAAUAUCAAGUGUGGUGUAAUAGGAGAAAUUGGCUGCUCUUGGCCUCUGACAGACAGUGAAAACAGAGUUCUGAAAGCAACAGCACAUGCCCAGGCCCAACUUGGCUGUCCAGUCAUCAUCCAUCCAGGUCGAAAUGUGGAUUCACCUUUCCAGAUCAUUAGAAUUUUGCAGGAAGCUGGGGCUGACAUCUCAAAAACUGUGAUGUCUCAUUUGGACAGGACUAUAUUUGAUGAGAAGAAACUAUUAGAGUUUGCCAAACUUGGAUGCUACUUAGAAUAUGACCUUUUUGGAACCGAAUUUAUUUCCUAUCAUAUGAAUCCUGAUAUUGACAUGCCAAGUGACAACGAAAGAAUUUUACGAGUUCGAACGUUGAUUGAAGAAGGUUAUGAUGACAAAAUUGUGAUUGCUCAUGAUAUUCACACAAAACAUAGACUAAAGAAAUAUGGUGGCCAUGGAUAUUCUCAUAUUCUUGAAAAUAUUGUCCCAAAAAUGCUCAUGAGAGGAAUAUCUCAAAAUAAAGUUGAUAAGUUAUUGCGAGAAAAUCCCAAACAAUGGCUGACGUUUAAAUAAGAAACCUGUGGUCCUGUUUAUUUCAGGGAAAGUAAAAAAAAAAAAAAAUAGAAUUCUUCUUCAAUUGAGGAAAAUAGAAUUGUACCUUUAGAAUACAAAAUAAGAAAAUAAGAUUUGUAAUGCCUUAACCCCAACUUUUUGAUUGUAUGCAACUUAAAACAACUGCAAAAUAGAUGUAUUUCUGGAAAAAAAAUUAUGUAUAAUGAAACAUCCAUAAUACGAAGAUAGAGCAUAUCAUGUGAAUGAAUCAAAAUUAUUUUUAAAUGGCUUGUAUGGAAUUAAUUGGAUGGAAAACAUCCAUUUGAAUUAAUCAGAAUGAGAAACCUCAAUCAUGAUGUGGGUCAUAUCUGAAUGCAGAUGCCAUUGUUUUGUGUGUAAGUCCUUGAUAGAAUUAUUACAAAGUUUUGUUUUUUAAAAAUGGACAUCCUAACAUGAAAUGCAUUGUGCUUUAAGUAUAUCCAGCAAUAAAUCCAUCCUUGCCUCA